AUGAUUAGCCUGGUCCGCGACCUCUUGAAGGAUAUCAACGCGACCAAUCAAAUCGCCUUCCUCAUCGAUAAUCUGCCCACCAUCGCCGACAGUGUCUCCGACAAGAUACUCCACGUCUCCGUCGACAAUCCUGCCAAUAGGGCUCCCAUCCUAUCUAAGGAUAUCCCCACCCUCGGCGACCUCAAGACCCUCGGGAAGGAUGGAGCCAUCCAAGACGGCGAGAAGAUCAUCGGACCUCUGAUUGAAUGCGACGCCAAGCGCCUUCUUGGCCACAAGGUUGACGAGGACGGUGAUAUCCUCGACAAGAACGGCAACACUAUCGGCAAGGCAGAGCGCUGGGAGCCCGAGGAGAAGAAGCGCGAUGUCAUUCCCAUGUCUGGGCACAUGAUCACGAAGGAGGGCGAAGUCCGCGAUGCGGACGGCAACCUUGUUGGAAAGCUGACUUCGGGUAACCUCGCCACACUACUCGGUAAGACUAUCGACGACAGUGCAUAUGUUGUUGACAACGAUGGCAACAAGAUUUGCGAAUGCACCUUACUUGAGAUCAUCCCCGAGCCUGAGCCCGAGGAGCCCGAAGAGGAGGAAGAGGAGGGCCCAACGGCCGAAGAGCGGGAGGCUGCGGGAAAGGCCGAACCCGACCGCCAGGUCGCCGGGAAGAUGAUCUCCAUCCUCAGCCAGACCCUCGAUCGAGUCAAGCCUGUUUGCAAGCCGCUCCUCGAAGAAGGCGGCCGCAUUCUGCAAGAAUGCAACGGAGGCAUUCGGGCACUCGACCCUGAUAGACGCAUCGCCGCGACCGCUAAGGCGCGCGCUACUCUCCGUGACGCCAGUCCCGAGGAGUACCAGCUUGCCGACAUGAUCAAGGAGCUCACAGGGACGGUCAUCAAGACCAUUGACAACGGCAAAGGACGUGUCGCUGAUAUGCCUUAUGCUGAGAAGAAACUGAACACCCUCUGGGGUCUGCUCUCAGAGCCAUUGUUCCAGAUCAUCGCUGCCGUUGGCUUGUUGCUUAAUGGGGUGCUCGGACUAGUUGGUCGUUUGCUAGAUGGUCUUGGACUUGGUGGAUUGUUGAAUGGUUUGCUUGGCAGUAUUGGAUUGGACAAAUUGAUCAAUGGGCUUGGUCUGGGCAGUUUGACUGAUGCUCUUGGUCUUGGAAAGAAAUGA